AUGCCAGCUCCAAGAACAGAUAUUGAGUCUCCCAACGAGGAAGAAAAGUCGGCAUUCCGGCGCAAUUCCAGCAAUGGCGAUGACUCUGACAACUUCACCAAUGAGCGCAAGCCUUCUACGGCUGCCCUUCUUCGGAAUCCUCUCGUUGGAAUGACCAGAGAUCAACUUCUUGCCGAUGUUGAUGCAUUUGUUGAAGAAAAAGGUCUGACUGACAAUCGAGACGACUUUCGAAAGGGUGCGUUGAUCGCACAGGUUAUGAACACCAAAGAUGGCUUCGAACAUAUUGAUAUCCUCAACGAGGAAGAGAAAAGCAUACUAAGACGGGAAGUCACUAAUAGAUGGAGUCAACCGUUCAUGCUUUACUUUCUCUGCACUCUCUGCGCUGGUUCGGCCAUUGUCCAGGGAAUGGAUCAAACAGCCGUUAAUGGCGCUCAGGAAUUCUAUUACGAAGAGUUUAAUCUGAGAGACCCUUUGCUACAAGGUCUAAUGAAUGGCGCUCCGUACCUCUGCUCCGCUCUCAUCGGGUGCUGGACGAAUCCAAUUCUGAACAAAAUUGGCGGUCGACGAUUCACCAUCUUCAUCUCGUGCUUCAUGUCUGUAGUCACCGGCAUUUGGAUGGCAGUGGCUGAUUCUUUCGGCAACCUGCUCGCCGCUCGAUUUAUGCUUGGGUUCGCCGUUGGCGCAAAGUCUAGCACUACACCCGUGUAUUCUGCUGAGUCCACGCCGAAAACUAUCCGAGGAGCUCUCACCAUGAUGUGGCAGAUGUGGACAGCAUUCGGAAUCUGCCUUGGAUUCGUCGUGUCAGUUGCCUUCCAACAUACCGACUUCUUGGGAGAACACUCGCAAUGGCGGUGGAUGCUUGGUUCUACGUCUAUUCCGCCUCUUAUUGUCAUGCUUCAAGUAUAUUUUUGCCCGGAAAGUCCGAGAUGGUAUAUGGAGAAAGGGAAAUAUGACAAGGCGCUUAGAUCGAUGCUUCGUCUGCGACAUCAUCCCGUACAGGCGACUCGCGAUAUGUACUAUGCGUACAAGCUUUUAGAGAUUGAAAGAAAAGAAAGACAGGGUAGAAAUCUGUUUAAAGAGUUUUUUACUGUUAGAAGAAAUCGCCGUGCUGCUCAAAGCGCAUGGUUUACCAUGUUUAUGCAACAAUUCUGUGGAGUCAACGUCAUCGCCUAUUACUCUACCAGUAUAUUCCAAAAUGCCGGGUACGAUCGCUCUCAAGCUCUGCUGGCGUCUAUGGGUGGUGGCCUGAUCAACUGGAUCUUUGCCAUUCCCGCAAUUUACACAAUCGACACUUUCGGACGUCGAAACCUAUUGCUAACCACUUUCCCACUAAUGGCGUUGUGUCUUUUAUUCACCGGAUUCUCAUUCUUCAUCCCCGGUCGCGCCCAGCUGGCAUGCGUCACGACGGGACUCUACCUGUUCAUGGUUGUAUAUUCCCCAGGCGAAGGUCCCGUACCGUUUACAUAUAGUGCUGAAGCAUUCCCUCUCCACAUUCGUGAUAUUGGCAUGUCUUCUAGUACAGCAAUCACAUGGGGCUUCAACUUCAUCAUCAGCUUCAGCUGGCCGGCUCUUGUGGAGGCUUACGGGAACACCGGGGCGUUCUGCUGGUAUGCGGCGUGGAACUUGUUCGGCUGGGUCUUCUGCUACUUCUUCCUACCGGAGACGAAGAACCUUACUUUGGAGGAGCUGGAUAGCGUGUUCAGCAUGAAGAAUAGAGAGCACGGUGGGUACUAUCUCAGGAAGUUACCGUGGUAUCUCAACAAGCAUGUUCUUCGGCAGGAUGUUGCUUCUUUCCCGCCGCUGUAUCAGUUUGCAGAGGACCAGGCGCCCCCAAAUGACAAAACUGAGCCGAUUGCGCAACAUAAAGAAGUUCCUUCUGGGGCGCAUUCGACUUAA